AUGAACCCAACUGAUUAUUCUCAACCUAUUCAUCCAAUAUUCUUUUUCUAUCAACCAGAAAACGAUUUUUAUCAUUACAAGGUUAAUUGUAAAGAAAUUAAAUAUAAAGACAUUCCGUAUUUUUUAAACAAGUCAUUAAAUAAUUUAAAUAAUAGAGAUCAUGUAACUAAAUCACACGAAAAUGAGCAUAUUUUCUUUUAUUACCAACAAUAUGAUAACCGAUUUUAUCAGGUUAUAUGCGAACUGGUUUCUCCUACUGCAAUUACCAAUUACUUGAAUGAGAAUAUUUAUGGGAUUAAACUUCAACAGAAUAUGGAUCAAGAAAAGUUAUCAUUUAUUAUUGAACAAAAGCAAAAUCUUGAAUUUCACUUAACUCAAUAUUUAAGCAAUUACUUAUUAAAUUAA